AUGAAUUUUUCAUCCGUCAACGACACUUCAACUGUAACGGAGUAUGAGCGGGACAACUUCACCACAGCAGUGAUCAAGAACGUGAUUGUCACAGCGCUCUGCAUCUCCAUCAACUACAUCAACAGUACUCUGGUCCACACCUUCAGAAAGCACCAGAUAUUUUACACAAACCCUCGGUACAUCCUGUUCAUCCACCUGGUGAUGAAUGACAUGAUGCAGCUGGCCCUGACAACUCUUCUCCACAUCAUCAGCUACACCCUUUACACAAUCAGUGUACCCUUCUGCCUCAUCCUGCUGAUCGUUGCCAUCCUCGCCACCCUCAACACGCCACUAAACCUGGCCGGCAUGGCGAUCGAGUGCUAUAUCGCCAUCUGCUUCCCCCUCCGCCACGGACAGAUCUGUACCGUCAAGAACACCUACAUCCUGAUUGGUUUGAUCUGGAUGGCAAGUUGGUUCUCCAUCCUACCAGAUCUCUUCAUCCUCCUGGCCACAGAGCCGCUGCACUUCUUUCACUCUGAAGUUUUAUGUGUCAGAGAUUAUGUGUUCAGGAGCUCUUACAGCCUGAAGAAGAGGGACGCGUCACACAUUAUUUGUCUUGUCCUGGUUUGGCUCACUGUCUUUUACACUUACUUCAGGAUUCUGUUUGCUGCCAAGGAAGCAACUCCAGACAUUAAAAAAGCCAGAAACACUAUUCUUCUCCACGGUUUUCAGUUAUUGUUAUGUAUGCUUACGUAUGUGCGGCCCAUGUUUGAACAAGGUCUGCUCUACUUUUUGCCCAAACGGUACCUGGACAUACGCUUUGCCUUUUAUGUCAUUGUCCAGAUCCUGCCACGCUUUGUUAGUCCCAUUGUGUAUGGACUGCGAGACCAGACCUUCAGGAGACAUAUGAGAAGGUACCUGCUCUGUAAAGUGAACAUACGCAACCGCACAGAAAAUAUCCAAUGUCAAACAUGA